ACGACCUCGCCAUGUCCGCCCGCCCCGCGCCCCGGCGGCCGUCGAGCAGCUCCAUCGCCUCGGGAUCGCGGCAGGGCCUCGGGCGCGGGUUCCCCCACCCGUACCCCCAUCCACACGGCAGCUCGGCGAGCAGCGUUGCGCCGCGGCUUGCGCGCCGCACGUCGGGCCUCUCAGCAGUCAAGGAUACCGACUCGGCGUCCGCCUCGAGCGCGAGCAUCCCCCGCCGCUUUCGGGCGGCGGCCGCCGCUGGAUCAGGCGACGACGCGAACUGGGCGGGCAUCGAGCCGGACGACGUGUUCCGCCGCUUGCCGGUCGGCGAGGUGCGCCGCGUCGAGGGCAAGAUGCGCGCCGACGCACUCAACAAGCAGUCCGAGCUGCGGUCCAUGGUUGGCACCCGCUAUCGCGACCUCUUGACCUCGGCAUCGCAGAUCACAUCCCUCCACUCGUCCUCCCUCCGCCUGAGCUCCAGCCUCAAGACGGUCGCUGCGGCAUGCGCGAACCCCACCGAGCUGCCGCCGACGGAUGGUGCCAGCGCGGACAAGGACGAGGCAGAGGACGAGGACGUCGGGAGCAUGCUGCCCGUCGCUGCGCACCUCAAGCUGCUGCUCGACGCUCCAGAGGCCCUCUACUCGUACCUCGCGCACCACUCGUAUCUCAACGCCGCGUUCCUAUGGCUCUUGAGCCGUGUCGUCAAGGAAGGGCUGACCGCCAUGCCGGAUGAUGUCAAGGGGCCAUAUGUCCCGCUCCUGCAGAAGCAGUGGGAAGCCCUCCUUCCCUUCCGAUCACAGAUCGUGCAGCGCGCCACGGCAUCGCUGCGCUCACGCGAAGCAGUCGACACCAAGACGCUGAGCGACACCACCCUCGCUAUCGUCCUUCUCGACUCCCUGCCCAUCCCUGACGCGCUUGAUCUGUACCUCUCCCAGCGGCUCAAGGCGCUCAAGGACCACCUGGUCCACGCACCGCCAACAGGGAACCGCAAGCGGAGCAACUCCAAGGUCGGGGCGGCGGCUGCCGCUCGCGGUGCAGCGCAGCAGCGCGAUUCCAUCGCCCACGUCCUUUCCGACGCGAUCAAGUGCCUUCUCGACGCAGUCGACCAUGCACGCGAUGUGUUCGAGCCCAAGCGCAAGAUAUCUGGGAAUGAGAGUAUCAUCGCCGAGGCGAUCCGCCUGGUGCAGAAUGGCGAGGACCUCCCGCCCACCCACCCCUCUGGUAUCAUCCGCCGCGUGUCCACCCACCGCAAGACGCGCAUGGCGUCCAUCUCCCUGCCGCUCCCGCCGGCGAACCACACUGCUCUCGGCGGCGGUGGGCCACCAGUGUCCACACCGCGUAUCCUGCAGGCCCUCCCCUCCUCCCAGAUCCUGCUCCGCUACCUCCCCUCCGGCGUCACUGGCUUCACGCCAUUCAUCGCUCCGUCGUCCGAGCCCGAGCUGUCCAAGAAGCUCGACGCGUGGCAGACGUCUGCGAUCCAGCUUCUGCGCCAGUCGGUGCCGUCGUGGCUCGCAGAAUUGCAGUCGGUUUCUGACGUCUGGGCCGUGCGCUCGGCCAUUGGCGACCUGCUCGGCGACUCGGCGUUUGAGCAGCAAAUAUCUCAGGCUCUGGAGGCCGAGUGGGGUGCGCGCGUCCAGACCAUCUGGACGGCCAAGCUCGACGCUCUGAUCAAGAACGCCGAGUCGACGCUGCGGAUUGCGAGCGAGAAGAUCCGGGCGGGCGAGGAGUCUCUCGACAACGACCCGGAAAAGUUCAUCUUCUCCGACAUCACCUUCCCACCAGCACCGGUGUCGAGCAUUGGUGCCGCAACCAACUCGACGGCGUUCACCACCUUCUUGUCGACUGUGCACAAGCGAGCUAGCUUCCGCACGCCUCUGCUCGACUCGGUGCUCACUGUCCUCGAGUCUGCAGCAUCCGACCUCAAGGCGGAUCUCGCAGGCCUGCCAGAGACGUUCUACGGCGAGUACCGCACCAAGGUGGCCACUGCGCUCGAUGCGUUUGUCAACUCGCUCGGCGACGUCCUCGCGGCUGUUGGCGGCCACCGUGACGCCACUGGAAGCGUCGAGGCUGAACUUUUCGUUGGCCGUGUCGCGCUCUACGUCGUGCACACGUCGCCCUUCCUCACUGACCUGACUGGCGACACUGGCGUUGAUCUCUCUGCGAUCAAGACCGAGCUCAUGGAGAUCCACGAGUCGUCGACCAACCAGUGGCAGGAGAAGAUUGUCGCCGCGCAGGUGGCGUCCCUCCACCCUCUGUUUGCCGAGCACCGCGGUGCCGACGAGAUUAGAGCGUCGUGGCAGGGGCCUCACCCCACACAGCCAUCAGUGCUCCUCGUCGAGGCCCUCACCGACCUCGUCAAGGGUGUGCGCAAGCUGGGUAUCCCGCCAACAACAAAUGUGCAGAUCGUGCCCAACUUGUUGGCGGCUUUCACGACGGAGGUGCGCGCCCUCGAGGGCUGGAGAAGAGAGGGCGACGAGGCUGUCGCGCAGGCGGCUCUCGACCUCGGCUUCCUGACCCUCCUCAAGGGCGACGAUGUGGGCAAGGACGACGUGGUGAACAAGCUUCUCGCAAGGUUGCCACCAUCACUAGCCGAGUUCAAGUCGACGCUUCCCGCGAUUCUGCUCGAGUCGCUGCGACGCACCCAGCUCGUGCUCGGCCCGCUAAUAGGGCACCUCGUGCGGCCAUCAGGCUCCAAGCCCGCCGGACGCGCAGCCGGCGCGGACGCACGCAACGCCGCGCUGCUCCGCCUCGGCGCGCCUGCACUGGCUGCACGCGGUGCUGGCGUCGGCGCAGACUUUAAAAGCCCGAUCGCGGUCGCCAAGCCCGCGAAGCGGUUUGGCCUGCUCUCCAUCGUGGCGUAG